CCGCUGCAGUAAGUCGCAUGCAGCAGGAGCUCUGUCAGCAUGUGUCGUUCCGCGGCUUCCCACUGCCAGGCCAGGUUGCGGAGAACUGAACGGCAAAGGCAUCUGGGGAAGUGAAGGAUGAGCCAGCGACGACGGUGGCCCCCAGCUGCCGAGCGCCCGCUCAAGCUGCAGCGCACACCUCUUGCUAUCUUCCCAGGCUGCAGCGGUCCCUGGGACCCAGAAGACCCUGGAGCCGCGGAGAUCCAGCCAGCACUCAGGAGCCCAGGACUGCCGCCUGUGAGGCCAGCUCCCCAGGGAGCCUGGGCAGCGUUUUGCUUAUAACUGGUUGCUGGGACGCAGCCGGACUGGAGCCCUCUUUAGCCAGCGUGGCCCAGGGCUGAGCAGCAAUUUGUCUCGAGUCACAGGAGAGGCCCAUCCAUAUCCAGGCUCCUUUUCUGAACAGAGGAAGUAACUCCAGUCGGGGCACCUUAAAUUGGGCUCUACAGCUAAGCCUUGCAGCUCCCCAGGCUUGCAGAACCUUCAGGGUAUCAGCAUUUCUCACCUAGCUGGGCUCUGAGAAAAAAACUGCAAGAAACAGAACAGAGUGCUGAGGGCAAGACGCCUUGCAAACUUUGGAGGGGAGGACAUUGUUUUUGAAGGGGACAAGUGGCUCCAAAUCUGCUAGUGCUCUUGGGAUUGUGAUAAAUCCUGCUGGUGGGACACCAAGCAUCCCAUCACAGCCACAAGACCAACAGCAAGGACCUACGGCCAUGGAGACCGUGCUGACAGCAUCCAGUUCCCCCACGGGCCGGGUAACCUUCUCCCGUGUCUUCGGCCAGCAGUGCCAGCUGAUGGAAGCAGCUGUGCAGUCACUGCACACCCUAAAUGACCAGAUUUCCCAUUUCAUUGUCACCAAGUCGAAGGCACUGGAGGAGGAUGAUGACCCUUUUCUACCCACCGAGAAAGAGACACUGAAGAACUCCAUGAUACUGAUGAGACACCUCCUAAUGGAUGCCCAGGCCAAAAUCCUGAGCAUGAUGGAAGACAAUAAGCAGCUCGCGCUCCGCAUCGAUGGGGCGGUCCAGUCGGCCAGCCAGGAGGUGACCAACCUGAGAGCCGAGCUCACGGCCACCAACCGGAGACUGGCGGAAUUGAGCGGUGGAGGCGGUGGCUCCGGCUCGGGCCCGGGAGCUGCGACCAGCGCCUCGGCAGCAGCGGUGACGGUGGCUGACUCGGCGGCGACGACCAUGGAGAACCAUCAGCACAGCGCGCAAGGAUCUUCUUUCGGAAUUUCUGUUGAAAGAGCUCUUGGCAGCGGGCCCAUCGCCUCUCUCCUGUUGCAAGAGAAGCUGGAUAAUCCUAAGGAGGACUGCAGGCCAGCCGCGCCAAGGGCAUCCGUGCCGGGGAUCAAGAACACAGUCACCUCGUAUUUCCUCACAGCCAUUCCCGUGGCGUCCCUCGCAAACACUGGCCACUGUGAGCGACUCCAGACUCAGAAACAAAUAGAAUAUGACCUGAAGCUGCAGCCAUGA